AUGGAGGGCAACCAGGACAACGAGCACGGCACCAGAGGCGGUUCUUUGAUCUAUAAUGAAAAUGAAACACAAUUGAGCAGUACAAACGUGCGGACCUCUCAAGAUAAAAAAAAUGCUCCGAAGAUGGGGAGCUCCAGUAAGGAACAGGUGCAAGAUGAUAAACCAAGAAGGGCCUUGACAGAUGUUCCGGUAAACAACAAUCCUUUAAACCAAGCUAAGAGGAUAGCUAUAAACAACAAGGCCGCUAAAGUACGAAGGGAAGAAAACAGUAGACCUAUUGUUACCGCCGUCCAGAAAAGAAAGAUAUACAACGAUCAUACCGCGGAGGACGAUGCUGCUGUCUCCAUCACAAGCAAAAGACGCAGAUUUGGCGUUGAAGGAGAUGACGAGAUAUUAGGUUGGAAGGAUUUAGAUUAUGUUGAAAAAAACGACACUGCAAUGGUGGCAGAGUAUUCUUCGGAAAUCUUCGAGUUUUUGUACAAGAGAGAAUUAGAAACGCUACCAUCUCAUAAUUACCUGCUCGACAAAACUUCCAAAUACUAUUUAAGACCCUCCAUGAGAGCCAUACUAGUGGAUUGGUUGGUAGAGGUGCAUGAAAAAUUCCAAUGCUAUCCUGAAACAUUGUUUCUAUCCAUCAAUCUAAUGGACAGAUUUUUGGCCCAAAAUAAAGUUACAAUGAACAAACUACAACUACUGGCAGUAACCUCGCUUUUCAUAGCGGCAAAAUUCGAAGAAGUAAAUUUGCCCAAAUUAGCCGAGUACUCUUACAUCACCGAUGGGGCAGCCUCCAAAAACGACAUAAAAAAUGCGGAAAUGUUUAUGCUAACGUCACUAGGAUUUAAUAUUGGUUGGCCUAACCCGCUCAAUUUUUUGAGAAGGAUCUCCAAGGCAGAUGAUUACAUUUUGACUAAUAGGAAUACUGGUAAGUUUAUUCUAGAGUAUGCUUGCUGCUGCCACCAAUUCAUUCAUCUUCCCCCAUCUGUCAUAAGUGCAAUGGCUAUGUAUAUAGCAAGAAGAAUAACCAAUAGAAACAAGAACGAACUGUGGAACCAAAAUCUGGAACACUACAGCGGCGGCAUUGAUCCUCUACACGAUAAAACGUUUCAAUCGUACUGUACAGAUUUGGUCACAGACAUUGCUAGUUCUAAAAUUCGUUUGGAUUCUCUUACUUUAAAAUACAAGAAGCCAAGAUAUGGAUCGGUCUAUUUCCAAACUUCUAAUUGGUGUAAAGCUGAAGUGGACAAUAAUUUCCCAAGUCUAUUCAGUUUAUAA